AUGUCUCAGGCCAUGCGAUUUCGACGGAGCCGUGUUGGCGUUCCGUCACUGCUGUUGGUAUCGCUCUGGUGCCUUAUGUUUGCGGAGAAGGCCUUUAUUGGAGCCAGGCCGCCACGAAGUCACCGAGAACUGCGGGCUGCGGCAGGUGUUGAUGUCAUGGAGCGAGUAGAUGUCCAGUCCAAAGAAGAACUUCUAAAGGAAGGGCAGUUCGUGACCGUGUUCAAAUUUUCCAACAUUUCUGCCAUACCUUUUGAGUGCUUUUGCCUUGGCAUGACAAGAUUUGGAAUUGGUGAAGACACCCAUAAAUUGUUGCGUGGGUGCUUCUGCACGACGAACCAGGCCUCGGAAUCCUUGCAGAUCGAGUUGGAAGCGGUUGAAAGCAAACUUCGCCGAGCCAACGCGUUCAAGCUGCCAGAAGCUACUGGACUUAGAAGCGAAGCGCAGUCUUUGCUGACGAGGAUCAAAGAAGUUUCAGACCAGUUGAGUGCCCUUGAGGUGCCAGAACCUGAAGCACCUCAACCUGAACCAGAAGAGGAAGCUGCAACCUCCGGUACAGAUUCAGGAUCUCAGAAGGCUCCUUUGUCGGAACGGCUGAGCUGGGAAAAGUUCGAGGUCGAGGGCUUGAUGCUCCUGCCCUUAGUAGCGUCCUUGCUCCAGGCCAGGAGUCCCUAG